AGGAGCGGCGGGAGCGCUGAGGGCGGGAGCGCUCGGGCCGGUCCCGGUGCCGCUGUCGCCGGUCGCGGGGUCGCCGGUCGCGAUGCUCCGUCGGAAGCCGACGCGGCUGGAGCUGAAGCUGGACGACAUCGAGGAGUUCGAGAGCGUGCGGAAGGAGCUGGAGGGCCGCAGGAAGCAGCGCGACGAGGCCGAGGCGGCGGCGGGCGGGGAGGAGGCGGCGGCGCUGGCGCUGGGCACGGAGCACAAGAGCCGCGAGCAGCUCAUCAACGAGCGCAUCGGCUACAAACCGCAGCCCAAGGCCGGCGGGCGCGCCGCGCACUUCGGCACCUUCGAGUUCUGAGCGCCCCGCCCGCAGCGGCCUCGCUCUCUCCAUUUUCGGUUGCCUUACUUAAAAUUUUUAAGUCCGGUUAACACACCCAUGAACGCCCCUCUUGGCCCGGUGUUUUGUUUUAAAUAAACACGUCCUUUUUUAUUAAAAGAAAAAAAAAAGUCAU